AUGUGGAAACAUAACUUUCGAGGGAGGUCUCUGGUCUUUGCUGUUACAGCAUGUUCGAGUCAGGCAUUCCUGUUGCUUGGCUAUGAUCAAGGCGUGAUGAGCGGGUUGGUAGGAGCAGACAACAAAUUCGGUCGAGAUUUCGGUCACCCUGAUGCCAACUUGCAGGGUGACAUCGUUGCCCUUUAUGACAUUGGUUGUAUUAUCGGCUCGAUUCUGGUCUUCUUCAUUGGUGAACGGUACGGUCGGCGCUGGAUGCUGAUGGCUGGUGGUACAAUCAUGAUUAUUGGAACGAUUAUUCUGGCUUCUUCUAAUACCGUGGCACAACUGAUUGUCGGCCGCAUUGUGACAGGCGUGGGAAAUGGAAUGAACAGCAGUACGGCUCCUGUUUAUCAGAGUGAAAGUGCACCAUCCGACAUCCGAGGAACGCUCUUGACGUUGCAAGGAACCAUGACGAUUCUUGGGCUCUGUAUUGCUUAUUGGCUCGACUAUGGCACUAGCUUCACAGAGUCCUCCUUGCAAUGGCGGCUACCACUAGCAUUCCAAGCAUUCUUUGCUGUCUGUCUGGUCCUACAAGUGAUUGGGCUUCCCGAAACCCCGCGAUGGCUCAUGAAGAAUGACCGCUACGAAGAAGCUCGAGACGUUGUUGCUGCUAUCAACGACACCUCUAUAGACGAUCCGGUUGUACUUCAAACGUUGGCAGAUAUCGAAAAGGCCGUGCAUGAAGAUAUUCAGGGAAGUGAAGUUGGCUGGCGCGACUUUUUCACCCACGGCAAACUUCAAAAUUGGCGUCGACUGCUCUUGAUUAUCUUCAUUGAAAUUAUGCAACAGUUUACGGGUUCGAAUAUGAUUAAUUACUACGCCCCAACAGUCUACACAGAUGCCCUUCAUAUGGGGAGAAACAUGUCGAUGAUUCUCUCGGGCUGUACGUCGCUCGCAUAUCUCGUUGGAUCCGCCCUCCCUCUAUUUAUGAUGGAUAAAUUUGGCCGACGUAUCCUGCUCAUGGUGUCCGCCGCUGGACUCUGUCUUUGUUUCGUCAUGGUUGCGAUCAUGCUAUCUAUUGGGAAAGUACAAGACGCGUAUGGUGCCACCGCCUUUAUAUUCUUGUUCCAAAUCUUCUAUGGGCUUGGAUGGUUGCCCGUGCCAUGGUUCUACCCGUCUGAGAUUAGUACGACCUCCCUUCGAUCUAAGAAUGCCGCUAUUGCAUCUGCAUUCAAUUGGCUGUCCGUCUUUGCCGUGGUCAAGAUCACACCCAUUGCAAUUCAAAAUAUCGGCUGGCGUGUAUUCGUGAUAUUCGCGGUCCUCAAUUUCCUCUGGAUUCCGAUUGUUUACUUCUUCUAUCCGGAAACCAAGGGCCUCGAACUCGAAGAUAUCAACUUGAUCUUCGCGAAGGGUGGAUUCACUGGCGGUGUCUUCUCCUCUGGUGGUCGUACUGUCAUUCCUCAUCAACAUGCUCAGGAGACAGAGCUCGAGGGCAAGCAGCAAACUGCGCUGGUUGAGGAUAUCAAUCAUCAUUGA